UUUACCUACCAGCAAGACUUUUAAAUCAUCCACACCACGUAUUUAUAGACAUUGUACUAUAUAAAACACAUGCUCAAUGCAUUUCUAGCUCUCCUACAUAAAUACGCACAGUUUCAGAAUCUUCUUCUUCUUCAUCCUACAGCAAAUAAACACUUGAGAGUGAAGAACAAGAAGAAGAAAUGCUCAGAGGUGGUGCAUCGAUUGCUAUAGCUUCCAUGUGGGCUUCCAUGGCGACUUGGUCCACAUCCACUGUUCUUUUCUGUGUUCUUAAUCUCAUGAUAGCCACCAUCUUCAUAGCUUCAAACUUCAAGUCUGACAAUCACCAUCCCCAUAAUUUACAAAGUCAACUCGCUCGAUCUCCCUCGUUUCUUGAGCGAGUCAAGUCUGUGAAUUUAUCAUCUUUCUACAACACCGCAGAAUCACAUGAUGACGAUCAUAGGGUUCAAUAUGAUUCCACUGGGUACAGCUCACCGAGUCAACUCUACCGAGCUCCGUCUCUCUUGCAACGAGUCAAGUCCAUGGAUUUUUCUUUCAAUUCUUUCUACACAGCUCCCGUAGAUCAGUUGCACGAAGAACACCAACAUGAAUCGGAACAAACAAACGAUGACUCAACUAGACAUCUCGCCCGGGUUCCAUCGAUUUUGGAGCGAGUCAUGUCGAUCAAGUUCUCCGCUGAAUCAGAACAACCCAGUAACUCAAUAGGUGAACCAUCUCGAGCUCAUUCGUUGUUGGACCGAGUCAAGUCGUUCAAACUCCCAUCCCUUUUAAACUCCGAUCAUCAUUCCCGUGACACCUUCUCUAACCACGAUCAACGUUCUGACAUCGACCUGGACCCACAUCGAGAUCCAUUUCAUGAUCAUAACGUCACAAGCAACUUGUCAAAUGAUUCAGGUGUAACACCGGCGAAGAAACCAUCGACAAAUCUAACAAAAUCGCAUAGCGAGAGGAGGGUGGCGGAAUCAGACGAUGACAAAGAGGAAGUCGAGCGAAGGCGGCCGGAGACGAUGAAAGCAUCGGUUGGGGUGCAUGACGAAAGCGUGGAUGCAAGAGCUGAUGAUUUUAUCAGAAGGUUUAAGCAACAACUAAAACUGCAAAGGAUUGAUUCAUUUAAAAAAUUUAGAGAAAUGUUGAACGGAGGAACUUCUUCCGGCUGAAAUAAAUAGUUCCUUUCCAAAAUGCCUUUUUUUGGAGCUAUCCAUCUUGUUUAGGGGUAAUUUGGUCAUUUCAUUACUUUGUUGGCAAUCAAAUCGCCGGUGGAGCCGCGGUCUGUGGUGGAGAACAGUGGUUGGAGUCUGGACAUGGCCGCCACAUUGCCCUUUAUGGUUUGGUUGUCUUAUCAUGUUUGUACGUAGCUGUUUCCAUGGAUAUUUUAAGCAUCUUUAAGCUUAUUUCUAUUUUUA